GCUGCGCCUCCGCGUCUGCGACUCGGCUGAAGGAAAGGAAAGAUCGUCUGAGAUCCGUGUUAUAAAAAUGGCUUUUAUUAAAGAGGAGACCGAAGACGUGAUCGUAGAAACGUCGAGAGUCAAGCAUGAAGAUACCGAGGAACAAACGGACUCGAGGCUGCUGAAAAAGGAGAGUCAAAAACUGACUGAAACAACAGAUAAAGUUCAGUACGAAAAACGUGAUUUCAUAACCGGAGAGAAGUUUAGUUGCUCACAGGCUAAAAAGACCACUCGGGAAAAAACUAGAGGUACCUUGACCUGCCAAGAGUGUGGAAAGAGUUAUAGUAAAAAAGGAAGCCUUAAAGUCCAUAUGAGGUCUCACAGUGGAGAAAAACCUUACACCUGCCCACAGUGUGGAAAAAGUUUCUCCGUUAAAGGAAACCUUGAAGUCCAUAUAAGGAUUCACACGGGAGAAAAACCCUAUUCCUGCCAACAGUGUGGAAAUGGUUUCACUAAAAAGGAAAACCUCAAAGUCCACAAGAUAACUCACACCGGAGAGAAGCCUUACAGCUGCCAACAGUGUGAAAAAAGUUUCAGUAAAAAAGGGAUCUUUAAAAGGCACCUGAAAAUUCACGUUGAAGAUAAGCCUUUCACCUGCCAACAGUGUGGAAAUGGUUUCAUUCAAAGCGCAGACCUUAAAAUCCACAUGAGAAUUCACACCGGAGAGAAGCCCUUCAUGUGCGCUCACUGCGGAAAGCGUUUCACGCGGAAACAAAGCCUUAAAGGCCACAUAAGAACUCACACAGGAGAGAAACCUUACUCCUGCCAACAGUGUGGAAGGAGUUUCACCGAAAAAGGAAACCUCGAGGUCCACAAGAAAACUCACACCGGAGAGAAACCUUACACCUGCCCGCAGUGUGGGAGAAGUUUCGUUAAAAAGACCGACUUCGAAAGGCACAUAAGAGUACACACGGGAGAGAAGCCUUAUGCCUGCCAACAGUGUGGAAAGAGCUUUUCGCAGCAGGGAAGCCUCAAUGUCCACAAGAGGAUUCACGCCGAAGAGAAACCUUCGAGCCACGCGAGGAUUCACUUGAUUGAAGGAUUUUACGUUAUCGCUGAGGAAGGUGUUUCACAGACGGGAAACAUCGUAAGAAUCGUUGACGCUUAGUGCUCAUGCGGGUUAAAAUUGUUUGCUUGUCUUUAGAGUUCGCUCAACAAAAGUUGAAAAUGAUACCAUGCCUCACUGUCAAGCUCUGCGCAUGUGACUCCGUUUUCUCUGAUGAACCCAUGGUUAUGUAAAAAAAAACUAAACUUGGCUCUUCUAAGCUUUAGAAUUGGAACGGAUGGGUUUUUUUGUUAAACAGUCCGAAAGGAGUCCAAUAAAGCGCAUCCAUCCAUAAUAAAAUGUGCCUCGCUGGAAUCAAGGCCUUCUGGAACAAAUCUGUGUGUUUUUGUAAGAAUAAGAUGUGCAUUUAAAACGUUUGCGAAAGCCAUUUAGAUGCAAGAUGCGUGUUUUGACUUCGUAAUUUAAUGUAUUUAGGUAUUUAAUGUAUUAAUGUAUUCGUAAUUUAAUGUAUUAGUAUAAGUACUUUGACUUUUUCAGAUUGAAGUCCUCAAACAGCCAAUUAUUGAAAAGGUACUUGGAGAGUUCUCGAAUGCUUUAAUGGCAGUAUAUAUGGACUAAGUAUUAAUUUGUGUUCCGUAAAAGUUUUUCUUGAAAAAUGAACGAUGCCGUGGAUCUGAUACACAUUGGCUCUGUAAGAAUCGCGGUCUCGCGAUAUCGAUAAAAGUUGAUUUUGUUUUAAAACGUUUCGGACUGAUUGCAUAGCUAGAUUUGUCACGUAUAACAUCGAAAAACCCACGCUGGCGCAGAAAAUGUCAACGUUUUUCUAUAUGCGAUUUGUGUACAUCGCAAUUUCAACGUUAAAAGUACCCUGAAGGAAUUUUUAUGUGGCCAAAUAUUAAAAUCACGUGGAUUUAAAAGUAAAACGAAACCUCGCCACACUGUUGGCGCCCUCUGCAGGUGUUUGUUAUAAUACAUGAUGCGAGUAGGUUAUAUUCAUGUUACGUAUAAACAUCUUACGUUAUGUAGUCUAUUUAAAAAGUGCUUAGUAAAAUUGUGUGAUUACUUGGAUUUGAAUUAUUGUCUCAUUGCAAAUUUGAGAUAUAAAAAAUGUAGUCAAUAUUAAUUUUUAUUAGACUACUAAAAAUAUCGGAUUACUCAAUUGUUAAAAUAAUCAGUAUUACUUGAUUACCCAGAUGAUUAUUAGUUACAGCUUUAGAUUAGUUGUUAAAUGCGUUGUUUUUUUUUGCAAUUUAAAAGGCAAAUGGUUUAUUGAAAAUUUAUUUGUACCAUUUUAUUUAUUUAUUAAAAUGUGAAAGACGGUAACGACAUUGCUAUCUCUAAUUUUAGUCCUUGAAAACGGAAAAAAAACUCAAAAGUUCGUUUUGAUACGCUCUAGAAUGACGGAAGACGCAAGUCUGGGAAGAAGAAUGGUAUAGAAAUUGUUAUUAUUGUUUUCCUUGCAUAAAAAAGGUAUUCUCACUGUGUCACAAAUGUGGAGUUGAGCCGCUGAUGUCCCAUGAACUGUUUUACAGAUGUUUUUAUGUUUCUGGAGAUGAGAACAUUUCAGUCGUUUCAAAGAUGAACAUGGGUCUCAACAUGUGGGUGAGUUAAUGGCAUAGUUUUCAUUUUAGGGUAGACUGACGAAGUGCAGUGACCACAUAUAUCCAGCAGUGGUCCGUAGAGACCACUAGAGUUAGUUUAGUCCACUGUAAGUAUGUUGACUGAGUCUGGCGUGUUCGUUCACCUUUGUUGCUAAAAUUACAGAAAUACUGGAAAAAACUUUCAUGUUGCAUUACCUGACUUCAAUAGCAAACAUUGCAUAACAUAAAAUGUAACCAAACAAACCCCUAACUCGAGAGAACUUAUUAAUUAUAGACAAAUUUACAGAAGGAGAAAGGAGAAACCAUACUUUUGAACAACUUUGGUCAGGAAUCAAGCCCCACCAAUCAUGUUAGAGCUUCUCGUUUUGUUAUUGAAUCAUGGAGUGCCACAGGGCUCAGUAUUAGGUCCUUUUCUUUUUAUGCUUGUACUUUCCCUCUGAUAGACAGCUGUUCCCGUUCAAUAAACCGUAAAAAAAGUGCAAUCAGUGCACGGAUGUUUUUGCAGACAAUACAUACUUCACCGAAUUCUGUUAUACCACAAUUCAUUUCAGAUAUAAGAACAAUAAACAUAGGGAUAACCGAAACUAUAAAGCACUUACUCGUGUACAUGAGAAUAAUUAACACACAAACACACAUAAAACCUUUGUCAUUAGAUAAAGCAUUUCAGUGUUACAUUAGUCACUAAUUUAUUCGAAUAUAUAGUUAUUUAAACACUUAAACCAAUAAAGCGCACACCUUUCCUACAGCCGAAUUUCGUUCGACUUUGCGGUAUAUAAUUUCUCUCAAAAUGUGAUUAUAAUAUAUAACAGAAAUUCUAAAUAAUCAUUUAUAAAUAAUAACAAAACAACAAAAAUUUCAAGAAGAAACUAUAGCGGUUUUAGCAUAGCUUAGCAUAGAUCAUUGAAUCUGAUUAGACCAGUAGCAUCUCGUUUAAAAGGGACCAAAGAGUGUGUCAUUUUUUAGCACAAUUUCAAAACAAACUUUGCGGUCCAAACUGUUGAAAAUUGCACUUUUCCCACAGAGCAAACAACACAAAUACGUCAAACAUGUUCUUAGGUUCUCAAAAAAAACCCAAAAAACACACACGUCACAUGUUUUUCUUAUGGAUGUACUUCUAAAGAUCAGUUUUUUUUCUUAAAUUGGUUUUUGUGAACAAUUUUGCAGCAAUCAAAAUACGAUAUCUUAAAACUAA